AUGAACGGCACGGAGGGCCCCGACUUCUACAUCCCCUUCUCCAACGCCUCGGGCGUGGUGCGCAGCCCCUUCGAGGCGCCGCAGUACUACCUGGCCGCGCCCUGGCAGUUCUCGCUGCUGGCCGCCUACAUGUCCCUGCUCAUCCUGCUCGGCUUCCCCAUCAACUUCCUCACGCUCUACGUCACCGUGCAGCACAAGAAGCUCCGCUCGCCGCUCAACUACAUCCUGCUCAACCUGGCCGUGGCCGACCUCAUGAUGGUGCUCUGCGGCUUCACCACCACCGUCUACACCUCGCUCAACGGCUACUUCGUCUUCGGCGUCACCGGCUGCUUCGUGGAGGGCUUCUUCGCCACCCUGGGCGGUGAAGUGGCCCUGUGGUCCCUGGUGGUCCUGGCCAUCGAGCGCUAUGUGGUGGUGUGUAAGCCCAUGAGCAACUUCCGCUUCGGGGAGAACCACGCCAUUAUAGGCGUCAUCUUCACCUGGAUCAUGGCCUCGGCCUGCGCGGUCCCGCCCCUCUUCGGCUGGUCCAGGUACCUCCCCGAGGGCAUGCAGUGUUCGUGUGGGAUCGACUACUACACGCCCAAGCCCGAGCUCAACAACGAGUCCUUCGUGAUCUACAUGUUCGUGGUGCACUUCACCAUCCCGCUGAUCAUCAUCUUCUUCUGCUACGGGCAGCUGGUCUUCACGGUCAAGGAGGCUGCCGCCCAGCAGCAGGAGUCGGCCACCACCCAGAAGGCAGAGAAGGAGGUGACCCGCAUGGUCAUCAUCAUGGUGAUCGCCUUCCUCAUCUGCUGGGUGCCCUACGCCAGCGUGGCCGUGUACAUCUUCACGCACCAGGGCUCCGACUUCGGCCCCAUCUUCAUGACCAUCCCGGCCUUCUUUGCCAAGAGCUCCGCCAUCUACAACCCCGUCAUCUACAUCAUGAUGAACAAGCAGUUCCGGAACUGCAUGCUCACCACCAUCUGCUGCGGCAAGAACCCACUGGGUGACGACGAGGCCUCUGCCACCGUUUCCAAGACGGAGACCAGUCAGGUGGCCCCGGCCUAA